AUGUUUCCAAAUAUGAAGAUGGUGAUCGGUCUGCUGGCGUUCCAGGCCCUGUUUUGCGGUUGCCUCAUUAGCGCUUCGGUAUCCCAAGACUGCGGUGGGGUGCUCACCGAACCGCAUGGGGAAAUCCAGUCUCCUGGCUAUUCCUAUUCCUAUCCUCCCAAUAUCCACUGUCGAUGGGUCAUUCAGAUGUCCCCACUGCUAUUGAGUCGAUCGGGAACCCUCUACAUUGAUUUCACAUCAGAUGUCGAUGGGGAAAGCGGAUUCCGGUUCAGACUGACGUACGUCGCGCAAGACGCAUGCGAAGAAGGAUGGCAACAAUUCGGUUCUCACUGUUAUUUCUUCUCGGACGAAGUAAUGCAUUUCGACGACGCCCAAGCAGACUGCGAGGGCAGGGAUGCUCAGCUGGGCAGUAUUCACUCAAAGGAGGAGCUGAUGUUCGUACAGGAGCGGGUGAAGACUUCGCCUUGUUGGAUCGGAGCUACGAACACAGGAUAUUUGACUGAAGAUCCUUUCAACUUCGAAUUCAUUGACGGAACGGCGAACGAUUAUCACAAUAUCUGGCAGUGGGAUGGCUAUCAUCCUUUCAACUGCGUUACAGGAUGUGGGAUCCUCUUGGUUCCAGAUCGGUGGGCGAACAGGGACUGCUUGGAAACCAGGCAGGUGAUUUGCGACAGCAUGAUGUCUCACGGCCAGGACUGGAGGUGUUGGACCGAUCCCAUGCCUGACUUAUGCUUCCACGUCUCGACCGAAUUCUUCACCUUCGAUGAAGCCAGAGCUUAUUGGGCAAUAAACGGGGAGUUUUGGAUCGGAUUAAUACAAGAUGCAUCAGGGGUCUGGCAGUGGGUGGACGGGUCUCCAAUAGAUGUGGACCGAUGGGAAGAGGGGAAUCCCACUGAAGCAGGAGGGGAGUGUGGUGUAAUAACAACAUCCAGUUGGGAUGACCUGGAAAGGGAGUAUUCUGCAUCUUACGUCUGCAAGAAGUCGUCCUGA